AUGCUUCCUUCAUGUUGCGUGCUUCUACUAGUGUUAGAGAUAGAGGAAGAGGUGAUGUUGAAAGCAGGGCAAAUAGGCGCUAGGCCUAAAGAGGCAACCCGGGAGCCCAAGGCUCCGACAACUACCUACGUAGUUGGUCCCCUUCACAUCCACACAUCCUCAUGGUCUUCACGUCCCAAUGCAGGAAAAGGAGAUCUCUGGCAGACCACUCAAAAAUCCCCUCGCACCUGUUGUCUGAACAUUGUCAUGAAAGUGGCCAAAUCAUGCACUCAAUGCCGCGCAGCAAAGCGGAAAUGCAGCGGAGGCACGGCGCCCAACUCGGCCUGCACGAUCUGUACCCAGAAAGGCAAGCAUUGCUCCUUGCGGGUUAUCGUGAAUUCGAAUCGAAGAAUCGCUCCGGUCACUACUGCAUCGGAUCCCUCCACGGUAGUGGGUGAUGAUGUUCGGGAUGGACUGAUCGGCCUCUACUUGCGGUCCAUCCACGACAAACCACACACCCUGUUCCAUCCAGCCAGCUUGAAGUCUCGCGUGGCCGAUGGCUCUCUGCCCAAUGCAGUGCUGUUCAGUAUUCUAUCAUUUGCUGCGCGAUUGUCAACCGACCGGACUGUGCGGGACCGUGCUGGGAGUUUCUUCCAGACGGCCAAGGAGGCCUUGAAGAAAACAAUCGACGAAGUGACGCUUGACAAUAUCCAUGCCACGGUCCUCAUAGGCAAUAUAUGUGGAGCUGAAGGGGACUCCAAUGCAGAGUCGCUAUUCUUCGGUCAGUGUGUUUCCGUCAGAGUACCCUAUGGAAUCGCUUUUCGUAUGGCAUUAAUUCUUCGUCUGCCGGAAGCGAGCCCGGAGGAUGACCGCCUUACGAGAGAAAUCAAACUUCGAACAUACUGGUCUCUAUAUAUGAUUGACCAGUGGUCCUCGGCUGGAUUGGACAUACCGCGCCAAAUCACCGAUACAAACCAUCAUCCCCUUCCUAUGUCGGAGUCGGAAUUUUGGACUUUACAGCCGGGGGAACAGGUGCCGGACCCUUCAGUAUCGGUUCACCAACCAGGCCUUUGGGGCUACAUGGUCAUCCUGGCCAGAAUAUUCGGUCGCAUACAAGAGUUGCACCGCAAAUUGGCGAAUAGUCAGUUGUCCGACGCCGAAGCGGAAGAAUACACCCGCCAGCUGGCCCUCGAAUUUGAGCAAUUUUCUCACGACCUUCCUUCUCAUGUGAAGUUUACCAGGGGAAGCCUCGAGCGCCAUGCCAUGAUGGGAUCAGGCGCGACCUUUGUUGCCCUUCAUCUGGGCUACCACCAUUACUCAACCCUGUUAUACUUUCAUUACCUGGAUUCCACACAUACGCAGGUCCCGAAUCAGGCCCUCUUUGCAGCGCGCUGCAAGUUCCACGCUGCGGCUUUCAGCGAUCUUUUGAGCUCUUCGAACGAUAUUCCUGGUUGCGAGGCCGUGUACUUUAUCGUCGCCCAUAUGACUGUGAUCUCAUCUUCGGCUUUGCUCCACACUCUGUUGUUCGGCGAGCCAAACGAGCUGCCCGACACUCGGAAGAGGCUCUUUUCGAAUUUUCAAGUCCUCCUCAAGCUCAAACAGUAUUGGCCUGACGUGAGCAAGAUGAUUACGAGGCUUUUCACAUUUCAACAAGCUUGUAUUCGAUCCACAGACCGAGUGUACGUUGUGGACAAGUGGAUAGUAAAAUUUCUGCUUCAACAUGCUCUGCCGAUCGAGGAUAAUCGUCGCCCGCCUGCUACCCAGUCAUUUGCGGAACGUGACAGAUUUGCGGAAGACGCAUUGUCCAUCCUCCGUCCAGCAGGCCCCGAGUAA